CGAAUAACGAUUUUUUCUGCCUGAGGUUGCAGAAAGAAAAGCCUGUGCUCAUGCACAAAUUAUACUCGCGGCACAAUAGUUUAUUAACAAAGCCUUCUUCUUAUCCAGAUUGGUGCUUCGAUUUGAGUCUUAAAGCUUGCAGCAUUGCGAGCUUGGCAAGCACUAAAUCUUCAUUGCUUGGCAUCAAUAGAUCUUUGAAUGAGCUGGUGGGAUCAGGCCGAAUAGAUGAAGCACGGAAACUAUUUGAGAAAAUUCCCCAGAGAGAUGAGUUCACUUGGAACACUAUGGUUUCUGGGUAUGCUGAUUCAGGGAGGUUAACUGAAGCAAAGAAAGUGUUUGAUGAUGCCCCAAAUAAGAGUUCAAUCACCUGGUCGUCCCUCAUUUCUGGGUAUUGCAAAUAUGGGUAUGAAACUGAAGGUUUUCAGUUGUUCCGGGAGAUGCAAUUGGAGGGCCAUAAGCCGAGUCAGUACACGUUAGGCAGUGUUCUAAGGGUGUGUUCUGUAAAGGGUUUGCUUUUGAAAGGCAAACAGGUCCAUGGAUAUGCCACUAAGACCAAUUUUGACACAAAUGUAUUUGUAAUCACUGGCCUUAUUGAUAUGUAUGCAAAGUGCUUGUGUGUGACGGAGGCUGAGUUGCUAUUUGAAGAGAUGCCUAGCGGAAGAAAUCAUGUUACUUGGACCGCUAUGAUUAAUGGCUAUUCGCUGAAUGGUGAUGCACACAAAACAAUUCAUUGUUUCAGAGGCAUGAAGGUGGAGGGGGUUGAGGCAAAUCAAUAUACCUUUCCCGGAGUUUUGACAGCGUGUGCUGCUGUUUCUGAUGUUAGGUUUGGGGUACAGGUGCAUUGCUGCAUUGUUCGUGAAGGCUUAGAAGCAAACGUCUUUGUUCAGAGUGCAUUAAUUGACAUGUAUGCUAAAUGUGGGGACUUGCAUAGUGCUAGGAAGGCAUUGGAGUCAAUGGAAGCUGAUCAUGCGGUUUCUUGGAAUUCAUUGAUACUUGGGUAUGUGAAAAAUGGGUAUGAAGAGGAAGCAUUGUCAUUAUUUAAGGUGAUGCAUGAGAGGGAUAUCGGAGUUGAUGACUUCACUUACCCAUCUGUCUUGAACUGUCUUACUUCCAAAAAGGAUGUGAAAAUAGGACAAUCCGUUCAUUGUCGAGUGAUCAAGACUGGCUUUCAAGGCUAUAAUCUCAUUGGCAAUGCCCUUGUGGAUAUGUAUGCAAAACAGGGAGAUUUAAGUUACGCAUUUAAGGUGUUUAACACUAUACUGGACAGGGAUGUGAUCUCUUGGACCUCUGCUGUUACUGGUUGUGCUCAUAAUGGCUCCCAUGAAGAAGCUCUGAAAUUGUUCUGCAAGAUGAGAAAUUCUGGUGUUGAACCCGACCAAGUUAUCACUUCUAGCAUCUUGAGUUCCUGUGCAGAGUUGGCUUUGCUAGAGUUUGGACAACAAGUUCAUGCAAAUUUCAUGAAAUCUGGACUUCAGUCAUCCUUAUCGGUUGACAACUCUCUUGUGACAAUGUAUGCAAAUUGUGGUUGCUUAGAAGAGGCCAACAGAGUUUUCAAGUCAAUGGCUAACAGGAAUGUGAUUACUUGGACUGCUCUUAUAGUUGGUUAUGCUCAGAAUGGUAAAGGAAAGGAGUCUCUCGGGUUGUAUGACCAAAUGAUACUCAGUGGCAUAAAACCAGACUUCAUUACUUUUAUAGGCUUACUGUUUGCUUGCAGCCAUGCUGGGCUUGUUGAUGAGGGAUGUAGAUAUUUUGAAUCCAUGAUAAAUGUUCAUGGAAUAAGGCCUGGUCCUGAUCACUAUGCAUGUAUGGUUGACCUUCUGGGACGUGCAGGAAAACUGCUCGAAGCUGAAAAGUUGCUCGAUGAAAUGGCUGUGGAGCCUGAUGUGACUGUUUGGAAAGUUUUCCUUGCUGCAUGUAGGAAACAUGGGAAUAUAGACCUGGCAAAGAAGGCAGCUUCGGUCCUGUUUAAAUUGACGCCACAAGAUGCUGUCCCUUAUGUUAUGCUGUCUAAUAUGUACUCUAAAGCUGGCAAGUGGGAAGAUGCUGCAGCAGUGAGGAAACUGAUGAAAUCAAAGUGCAUAAGCAAGGAGCCAGGGUAUAGUUGGCUCGAAAUGAAUGGUAAGGUGCACAGGUUUAUGUCUGAAGAUAGAAGCCAUCCAAAGUCCGAUCAGAUCUACUCGAAAACUAGUGAAGUCAUGGGUUUAAUCAAGAAAGCUGGAUAUGUACCAGACGUGAAUUGUGCACUUCAUGACAUCAACGACGAGGGUAAGGAACAAGGUCUUGCCUACCAUAGUGAGAAGUUGGCCGUUGCAUUUGGCCUUCUAUAUGUGCCACAAGGAGCACCCAUUAGGAUAUACAAGAAUCUUAGGGUCUGUGGUGACUGCCACACUGCUAUGAAAUUCAUAUCGAAAAUGUUCUGCCGUCAUAUCAUUUUACGAGAUUCAAAUUGCUUUCAUCACUUUAGAGACGGGACAUGUUCUUGUCGAGAUUAUUAUUAGUUUUUUAGACCAGGUUUAGGUGAAAUUCUUGUAAUCCAUGAGCACACAAAACACAAUUUAGCAAUGAGGCGAGCUUCUUGUACCGAAAAGGAUGAAUGUCGCCCCAUGAAUGAUGCAUAGACCAGCUUAUAUUGCGUACAUUAACUUCUGGGAAAUCAAGAAGGUAUAGGAUAAAGAGAACGAAGAGAGCAGAAAUUAGUUUCCUUUC